CGACUACAGUCAUGGCGGCGACCCCUUCCACGACAGAGCGGAUUGUCGACUGCCCUCCGCCAGUCACCACCAAGCUGGACUCGAGCAAGCUCUGGGGUGCUGAUGACAAGCCUAAUGUCGACCUUCUCAAGGACCACUUCUAUGCUGAGGGGCGGUUGCACAAGGAGGAUUGCAUGAAGCUCAUUGCGCGGACGUCUGCGCUGUGGCGGGCAGAGCCGAACCUGCUGCAUGUGGCGGCACCGGUGACGGUCUGCGGCGAUGUGCACGGGCAGUACUACGACCUGCUGAAGCUGUUCGAGGUGGGAGGCGAUCCGGCCAAGACGCGGUACCUGUUCCUUGGCGACUACGUGGACCGCGGAUACUUUUCGUGCGAGGUCAUCCUGUACCUGAUGGCCAUGAAGCUGCUGUACCCAGAGACGAUGUUCAUGCUGCGGGGCAACCACGAGUGCCGGCAUCUGACCGACUACUUUACGUUCAAGGAAGAGUGCCACCACAAGUACGACGAGGAGGUUUACGACGCGUUCAUGAACGCGUUUGACUGCCUCCCGCUGGCGGCGAUCAUGAACAAGCAGUUCUUCUGCGUUCACGGUGGUCUCUCGCCGGACAUCCAGACGAUCAAGGACCUGGAGGAGAUCGACCGCUUCCGCGAGCCACCCAACCAUGGGCCGAUGUGCGACCUGCUGUGGGCCGACCCGCUGGAGAAGUUUGACACUGACAUGCACUCGCCGCCGUUCCCGCCCAACACGGCGCGCGGGUGCUCGUACAACUUUACCUACGCCGCGGCCUGCCACUUUCUGGAGACCAACCACUUGCUCUCCAUCAUUCGCGCGCACGAGGCACAGGACGAGGGCUACCGCAUGUACCGCAAGUCCAAAACCACCGGCUUCCCCACCGUCAUCACCAUCUUCUCGGCUCCUCACUACCUCGACUCGUACGGCAACAAGGCUGCGGUGCUCAAGUACGAGACGUCGACCAUCAACAUUCGCCAGUUCAAGGCGCUGCCGCACCCGUACUGGCUGCCGAACUUUAUGAAUGUCUUCACCUGGUCGCUCCCGUUUGUGGCCGAGAAGGUCACCGAGAUGCUCCUCGCUCUCAUCGAGCUCUGCCACAAGAAGUCGACCGAAGCCGAGGCCGACAACGCUGUCCUUGCCGCCGUCGCCGCCCGCCCCACCUCGAAGAUUCAGACCGACGGCGAGCGCAUGCGCGCAAAGAUCCUGGCCGUCGGCCGCCUCGCACGCAUGUUCUCGGUCCUCCGCGACUCGCACGACACCGUCGUCAAGCUCAAGGGCCUCACCCCUGGCCACAAAAUCCCGCAGGGCAUGCUCAUCCAGGGCAAGAACGCCAUGGAGGAUGCCGUCACCCGCUUUGACUCGGCCCGCAAGCUCGACUCGAUCAACGAGCGCCGCCCGCCCGUCAACCCGGACGCUCCGGAUUCGUGAACUCUUUCGCACACCGACA